AUCUAUUCCUCUUCUACCUCUCUAUCAUUUACCCAAACAAAAAAAUACCCAAAAUUCCUCUGUCUCACUCUGCCUCUCAAUGCACAAACUUGCUUUCAUGUUUUGCAGAAAUCAAGUGGAGUAUUGACUGACAGAGGGGCUUUAGCGAAGAGCAUUUGUGUUCAUUCCUUUUUAGGGAUACAUAAACUUUACAUAUUCGAAUUAAUCUCAUUGCCUUUCUUUUCUUAGUGUUUGCGUAAUCACUAGUUUUCUUGUCGAGAGUGGCUAAUAAAGCCAAAUUGUUAACGAUUCAAAACCCAGAUCUACAUUCACUGUUUUUCUGGCUUUUCGAGUCGGCGCAACCCACUUGUCAUCUUCUAGUACCAGUCUCUGUUUUUUUCUUCUGGUGUAGAAACAGAGAGAGAACCAGAAAUGGCCGACGGUUCAACAAAAAUCUUUAUACCAGAGUCGUUCCAGAUAAACAGAGAUGACAUUGCGGGACAAAUUGGGCUGAUAUGGGAGCUGAUAAAGCAACCAUUGAUUGUUCCUUUGUUGCAAGUUUGUGUGUAUGUUUGCUUGGUUAUGUCACUGAUGCUGUUCAUGGAGAGGCUCUAUAUGGGUGUUGUUAUAAUCCUUGUUAAGCUCUUUUUGAAGAAACCAGACAAACGUUACAAAUGGGAGCCUCUCCAAGAAGAUUUAGAGUCCGGAAAUUCCAACUUUCCAGUCGUUCUCAUCCAAAUCCCAAUGUUCAACGAAAGAGAGGUUUACAAGCUCUCCAUAGGAGCCGCAUGCGGACUUUCUUGGCCGUCCGAUCGUCUGGUUAUCCAAGUCCUCGAUGAUUCAACCGACCCUGUUAUCAAGCAAAUGGUGGAGCUGGAAUGCCAGAGAUGGGCAAGCAAGGGAAUCAACAUAACGUACCAAAUCAGAGAGACCAGAGUGGGAUACAAAGCAGGGGCUUUAAAAGAAGGUCUAAAGAGAAGCUAUGUUAAGCACUGCGAAUAUGUGGCUAUCUUUGAUGCUGAUUUCCAGCCUGAGCCUGGCUAUCUCAAGCGUGCCAUUCCUUUCUUGGUCCACAACCCAGAAAUUGCACUUGUUCAGGCUCGUUGGAUCUUUGUGAACUCAAACGAAUGUUUGUUGACUAGAAUGCAAGAGAUGUCACUGGAUUACCAUUUCACUGUGGAGCAAGAAGUUGGGUCAUCGACUCAUGCAUUCUUUGGUUUCAAUGGCACUGCUGGUGUUUGGAGAAUUGCCGCAAUCAACGAGGCCGGUGGAUGGAAGGAUCGUACCACCGUAGAGGAUAUGGAUCUUGCUGUCCGAGCUAGUCUAAGGGGUUGGAAGUUCUUGUACCUUGGUGAUCUCCAGGUAAAAAGUGAGCUUCCUAGUACAUUCAGGGCGUUUCGGUUUCAGCAGCACAGGUGGUCCUGUGGUCCAGCCAAUCUGUUUAGGAAAAUGGCCAUGGAGAUCAUUAAAAACAAGAAAGUGAGGUUUUGGAAGAAAGUGUAUGUGAUCUACAGCUUCUUCUUCGUCCGGAAGAUCAUAGCUCAUAUGGUCACAUUUUUCUUCUACUGUGUUGUUCUUCCACUGACCAUUUUAGUUCCUGAAGUUAAAGUACCUAUUUGGGGAGCUGUUUAUAUUCCUUCCAUUAUAACCAUUCUCAAUUCAGUUGGAACACCAAGGUCCAUUCACUUGUUAUUUUACUGGAUCCUCUUUGAGAAUGUAAUGUCAUUGCAUCGGACUAAGGCGUCGUUUAUUGGUCUGCUCGAAGCAGGACGGGCUAAUGAAUGGGUUGUCACUGAAAAACUAGGUGAUGCACUCAAGAACAAAGAUGCUGCCAAGAACAAAACCAACCAGAAGGCAGCGAAAAAACUUCGGUUCAAGUUCAUUGAGAGAAUCAACUCGUUAGAGCUUGGAUUCGCGGCCUUCCUUUUCAUCUGUGGAUGUUACGAUUUCGUUCACGGGAAGAACAACUACUUUGUAUACCUAUUCCUCCAAACCCUUACCUUCGCCAUCACCGGAUUCGGCUAUGUUGGUACCAUCAUUUAACUAGAUUGCCAGCCAUUUGUGACGCUCUGUGUGUGUGUUACGUUUUCUCCUCUUGUGCAACAAAUUAUUUUUGUUGCGUUCCUGCAAGCAAACAUUGGAUGCAUCAAAAUCGUCGAUUAGUGUUCAAGCAGAAAUAGGUCCCCAAUCUUAUACAGAGUCGAGGACAGAUAAGGAUCAGAAGCAGCACAGCAUUAGAAUUAUAGAGAGGAGAUGAUUUUAAUUUAUUUACAUAGAUUGCUUUGAAAUUGUGAGAUUUUGCUCUUCUUUUUUCCUGGAUUUCCAUCCGUUAGAUAAGUUGAGGGAGGAAUAAGCCGCUGAAUCAAAUUGUGAAUUCGUGAGCAAAAAUUAAGUUAAUCAUUUUCUUCUACC